AUGAGUCUCAUAUAUACCGCAGCAAAAACUUUGCUCACGCUCAGUGCUGUAGCAGUCGCAGCGCAGAAGGCACCAAUACUCGCUCGCCAUGGUUCUGAUAGCACAUCAUUAGUGUUUAAAAUACUGCAAUUGGCUGACCUCCACAUCACAGGCUUUCCGACCGUCGGCUGUGGAAAAAAAAGUUUACCAACGGGCAUGACCAGCCAGGACUGCUCCGAGGCGCUAACGUAUAAAUUUAUGGAGCAAUUGCUGGAUCUGGAAAAACCUGACUUUAUCGCGUUCACAGGUGACAACGUACAAGCACUAGAUCCCACCUCUCACAAAAAAGCUAUUGACGCCGUGACAAAAGCGGCCGAGACCCGCAAGAUUCCGUAUGGAAUGGUUUUUGGUAAUCACGACCAAGAGGGAGAUUUUCCACGAGAUAAGAUUCUUGAAAUGGUUUCUAAACUAAGUUACUCUUACACGGCGGGCGGGCCAGAGAUUGUAGACGGCAUUGGUAACUACAUGCUCAAUGUGUCGGCACCUAUAGCGGGUGCUUGGGGAAGUCAAAAUGACACGGUCUUUCGCAUGUACUUUCUCGACUCUGGUGCAGCAGCACUUACGGAUAAAUACCCGUACGUCUACUCCGAGUACGAUUGGAUCAAGCAAAGUCAAAUUGACUACUAUCGACACUUAUCAGAGACUGGGCGCUCGGAGCGACACCGCAGUAUCGAAUCUGUGCUUCCGGCUGUGAUGUUCUUUCACAUUCCACUGGUCGAGUUUGCAUACUCGAAGGACAGUUGCAAUGGUGAACAGCAUGAGCGGGUGCACGACCAAGGGAUGAAUUUGCGCUUACUGUCUACAUUAUCCCAAAUGAAUGAAGUCAAGGCUGCGUUUGUGGGACACGACCAUGUCAAUGAAUACUGCUGUCUAGUCAGUGGCGUCCAGCUUUGCUAUGGUGGAGGUACUGGCUUUGGACGGUCAUAUAGUGCACCUGGCUUUUCACGCCGGGCUCGUUUGAUUGAAUGGACGGUGGAUAGCAACGAGCGCCACGUAAUUCGUAGCUGGAAGCGACAUUACGAUGACAUCAGCGUCUUACAUAGUAAGGAAAUUUUAUAUUCGGAGCUGUAA